UAAAUCAUCAAAGCCAGCAGCAGAGCAGAUUUAACGUUCCCAUUUUUUGCAGCAACCAAACGGAGUUAACAUUUCACACUUAUUGGGGAAUAGCUUAGCUGCUGAUGCUUGGAAACAGCUUCUCGUUCAAGCAGUUUACAGCAUCCAACUUUAGCAUCAGAUCAGCCACCAUCAAUCUUUUUCUGCAAAAUCCUCCAAUCUUCCAACUCAAACCCCAGAAUCGCAAAAUCCCCCGAGCCCAUUUCUCAAUGGCAAGUCCCGCAGCCCCAGUUUCAGUCCACAGACCCACCAUAACUCACAUAAUCUUUGACAUGGACGGUCUCUUGCUGGACACGGAGAAGUUCUACACUGAAGUCCAGGAAAUCAUACUAGCAAGAUAUAACAAGUCUUUUAAUUGGUCUCUUAAGGCAAAAAUGAUGGGAAAGAAAGCAAUGGAAUCUGCUCGGAUCUUUGUUGAAGAGACUGGGAUCAGUGAUUCGCUUUCGGCGGAGGAUUUUCUUGUAGAAAGAGAAGAGAUGCUGCAGAAAUUGUUUCCAUCAAGUGAGCUCAUGCCAGGGGCUAGCCGUUUGAUUAAACAUCUUCAUUCAAAAGGAAUACCAUUUGCGCUGGCAACAGGAAGUCACAGGCGGCAUUUUGAGCUAAAAACACAAAGACAUGGUGAGCUUUUCAAAUUGAUGCAUCAUAUAGUCCUUGGUGAUGAUCCAGAAGUUAAAAAAGGCAAGCCAGCACCAGAUGUUUUUCUAGCUGCUGCUGGAAGAUUUGAGGGAGCACCAGUGGAUUCACAUAAGAUACUUGUAUUUGAAGAUGCACCUUUAGGAGUUCUUGCAGCCAAGAAUGCUGGGAUGUCAGUGGUUAUGGUUCCAGAUCCACAGCUUGAUAACUCUCACCAUGAUGCAGCAGACCAAGUUCUGAGCUCCCUUUUGGAUUUCAACCCAAGUGAAUGGGGUUUGCCUCCAUUUGAAGAUGGAGAAAGCUAAACAGGUACACCGUUUGCAGUGGUUAUUUGAAUGACACUUUUCCCCUAGCCCCAAACUGAAGAAGCAUUCUUUCUAUAUUUUGAUUGAUUGAACGCUAUAGGCGAACACCUUAACAUUUGAUGCAUUGGUUGCCAUGCAUUAUUUACUUUACAAUUCUAAAUUAUGGUAUGGAUGCAUAAUAAUUAUGAUAAUUUUGG